AUUACCUCCACUGUAAGACGACAAUUAGGUUGUAACUAAUACUACACAAAUGCUUGAAACACAGAUCAUCUCGAUUCCAAGUCGGAAACAGAAGUCCCCUGGUACCUGUGUAGGUAUAGAUAGGAUAUUCAUGAACCACACAAUAGUGAAUGAUCGCAUAGUGGUACGUCCUACCUACUACGUCAUCGACGGUUUUGACGAGAGCUAGCAGGAGCUACCCCCGCCACCUGCAUCAUGAUUAGUGCAUAGCUGUCGCCAAUGGUACCACGAAUAUGGAACACAUAACAAACAAGGAACGUCAAAGUAAGGUGUAAGGUAGAGCUGCUCGCUUCGAUCAUAUCAAUUCUACUAAGUGAUUUUUUCUCCCUGUUCUUCCUCUCAAGUUUCAUCCUCGUCGUCUUUCAUCCUUCUACUGCUGCUGCUACUGCUCUACCAUUGAGUCCCCUCCGUUAUCCUUGACGUAUCUAGCGCUUCCGGUGACAGCGCCAGUGAAAGUGUCACUCCUGAGGGGCAUCGCUAGAGCUAACUGAUGUCGGAAUAAACCUUCGAAGAAGCUCUAGACGCAGCUUACUGUCCCAAAUUCUUGAACCUAGCAUUCUACUACCCUGGUACCCAAACCAUGUCUGCUCAGAAUAAGACCGCUCCUGGUGGUCAUUAUUCCGGCAAAAAUCCAAUUCCGAAUAUCCAAAAAUUCGUCGAGAGUCUGGACAAGGACAAGAAAGAGCGAGAUACAACGAUCAAUGAACAAGCCAAGUCCAAACCCGUUCCAUCCAGCGAGAUUCGAGACCAUAAAAAUGGCCAACCAACUGGAGUGGAAGGCUCACGAAAGACCGUUACUGACCCAACCACUGGUCGAGAAGUCCAAAUUGAAGACGUCAAUGCCGAUUUCAUGAAGGCAGUAGAGAAUCCCCAGGUAAGGUCUACCAAGUUCUCAUACUAACAGGAGUAACCACUAACAUGCUAUUACUCAGCUUUCCGUGCCAAAUGCCAAUGUAGGCAAAGAGACACCAGUCAAAACAACGUCCGAUCAGUCAGGUGCUGAAUAUAGCCGCAAUCAAGAUAUCACCGCUCCACCAGACCCCGUUGAACCAAACAGCACAAGUGACGUGCCCAUCCAUGGCGAAAAGACGAACAUCCUCUUCCACCCCACACCCUCCGUAAGCUAUGAGCCUAUGUACGAGUCUCUAGAGAAGAGUACAUAUGUAUUAUGUGGUGGGGUCUUGAUAUCAAUUGUUGUGAUCGGGAGAAUGUUUGGAGGUGCACUACAUGGAUUAAUACCUCUAGGGAUGUGUAUUUCCUCGGGAAUUUACCUGUGGAUGAAAGAGCUAGUACGAAAGGGACGAGAUGUUGAAUGGUCCAGCGAGAAAGAGCGUGGCCAAACUGUGAGAACUUCGAGUCUGAGUAUAUGACAGUGUUGAAAUGUUGCUAAUUUUUGAAGGCUACUGCAAAUUUGAUUCCAGAAUCGGUCGAAUGGAUGAACACACUUCUAGGGGUCAUGUGGGGACUCAUCGACCCAGACAUGUUUGCUUCGGUCGCAGAUACACUUGAGGACGUCAUGCAAGCUUCAGUUCCAGGAGUCAUUGAGAAUGUUCGUGUUGCCGAAAUCAACCAAGGCAAUAAUCCUAUCCGAAUACUUAGCUUGCGUGCACUCCCAGACGGCCAUGUCAAAGAAAUGAAAGACGAUAUUCACAAACAAAAUGAGAAGACGAAGGAUCCCCAAGAACUGGCGGCAGACGAGGAGGGUGGGGACUACUACAACCUUGAAUGUUCAUUCGCCUAUCAUGCUCAACCAUCAGGUGGUGGUGCUUCGGCUAAAGCGAAGAAUAUGCAUAUGCAGCUUGUCUUCUACUUGGGUGUAAAGGGGCUUUUUGGUGUUCCUCUACCAAUCUUCGUCGAGUGAGUACCCCUUAAUCGCUCUCUUGGUGGACACCAGCAGUGGCAGAAAUUCCCUUAAUCAUAUUCUACCCGCCCAGGGAAAUUCUAGUGAUUAUUUCAAACAUUUCAUCGGGACACAUUAACCUAAGAUACGGGUUGCUAACCGAAAUAUCUUAGGCUUCAAGGACUCGUCGGAACCGUGCGAAUUCGUCUACAAAUGUCACCAGAGCCGCCUUUUUUGAAAGCUCUUACCUUUACUCUGAUGGGUCUACCGAAAGUUCAAGCCGGUUGUAUUCCGAUGCUCGAGACUGGAAUCAAUAUUCUCAACCUCCCUCUCAUCUCCAACUUUGUGAAUUAUGCGAUAGGAGCGGCUGCAAAUGAGUAUGUUGCACCGAAGUCCAUGACCCUUGAUAUGGGUAAAUUGCUGCAAGGUGACGAUGUACAAAAGGACGUUGAAGCUCUUGGUGUCCUCUGGAUCCGAAUUCACAAAGCUACAGGCCUCAGUAAACAAGACGCUCGUGGAAGCGAGGGAGGUGGAAGUGAUCCAUACAUUACAGUCAGUUUCUCGAAAUACGGGAAGCCAAUGUACUGUACUAGGGUUAUUCAAGACGAUCUCAAUCCUGUGUGGGAAGAAACUUGUGCACUCUUGGUCACCCCUGAUUUGAUCAAAGCUGAUGAGCAGCUUUCGAUGGAAUUGUGGGACUCUGAUCGUUCGACCUCAGAUGACGUUGUUGGAAAGGUAGAACUGUCUAUGCAAAAGAUGAUUCAACAUCCAGGCAAGAUGUAUCCUCAACUCUCGAAGCUUCGAGGCAUGGAUGCAGAUAGUUCCAUGCCAGGUGAGCUCCAUUGGGAAGUUGGAUUCUUUGGAAAGCCACAGUUCAGACCAGCUCUCAGAACACACGGUAAAGAUGUCAAUCUACCAGAUCAGCUUAAGGAUAAACCAGAACUCCAGGACGACAAAGGAACACUUGAUAAUGCAGAGGAGGACGCCGUUGUACACACGCCCCCGGAUCCAUUGUGGCCAAGUGGAGUGUGCAGUGUUAUUGUACAUCAAAUCGUCAAUCUUGAACUCCAAAGUAUUAAGGGUAGCGAGGGUAAGCGUAAGGGCAGAGAAUUCGAGCCUGCUCAUGAGAGUGGAGAAAAUAAGGAAGAAGAGAACAAGAAAUUGCCUAGUAGUUACUGUACUAUCCUGUUCAACGACGAACUAGUAAGACCACUUUACACUCAUUAUACGUGUGCUUUUGCUAAAUUGACUACAGGUGUAUCGAACGCGAACCAAGGUCGUCAGCAGCAAACCCAUCUUCAGUGCUGGUACAGAACGGUUCAUGCGAGAUUGGCGCUCUGGUAUCGUGACUGUCACAGUUCGAGAUCAGCGCAUGAGACAACAUGACCCAAUUCUGGGUGUUGUUCCUUUGAAGCUUUCUGACCUUUUACAGACAAGUUCGCAGGUGACCAGAUGGUAUCCCCUUGAUGGUGGUAUCGGGUUUGGCCGCAUCAGAAUUUCUCUCCUCUUCAGAAGCGUGGAGACCCGUUUACCGCCAACACAACUAGGGUGGGAUGUAGGAACUUUCGAGUUUACCUCUGACAAAAUCCUUGCCACCGGCUACAGCCAAAACGCCAAGCUCAAGAUGAGAACGGGUGGUAGUUCUGGUAAGAUUGGACGCGUACAUUGCAAAAAGACAGACGAGGGAGAUGGUGUUCUUUGGGACGUUGCUAAGGAUGGAAACCCGCUUGUGCGUCUUCCAGUAAAGUAUCGAUAUCGAUCACCUGUUGUAUUUGAGUUCCAUACAGCUAGUAAGCGUAAUGCUGAUGCGUACGCUGUUGUCUGGCUGCACCACCUCGAGGACAACAAGGAAGAGGACAUCAACAUCCCGAUUUGGAAGACAGAUAAAGGCAUGCGGUUAACACAGAAUUAUAUCACCGAAGAAAACUUCCGCGAUAUCCCCGAUCUCAAAAUCGAAGAAAUAGGCCGUCUUCAGUUUCGCGGUCGAUUCAAAGCAGGAACCGAUGCGGAUCAUUCUAACUUUGUUUCCGACAACGAUUCUCGCGAGACUCAAGAAACAUGGGAGGCAUGCAACUCAGAAGGCGUGCGAGAGACUAUUGUCACUAAAGAGCUUCCUCCUGCUGUACAAGAACUGCAUGAUCAGUCCCUUACUCAAGGUCGUGAUGUCCUCGCUCAAGCGGAUGAAGGGGAGAAGAAGAAAUGGCUUUCGAAAGACGGAACCGAUUGGAGUGGGGCUUUUGGGAAAGAUCCAGCGGAGUAUGCACAGCGUGGUGGUUCUUACAGACAUCCCCAAGCUAACUCCUCUUCAAGCGCGACAGGAAGAGGUGAAAAGGGGCCAACUAUAAACCAAAAUAUGUCUGAAGAUGAAGAUGAAGAUGAGGAUGACUACGACUCUGAUUCUACUAGUUCGGGUAGUGAUCUUGGUGUUCAAGAUGCGUCUACUGCACCAGCGGCCGUGGCUGAUCAGGGAGAUGAUGCGAAUGGCAAGGCGGGACAUACCAAUAACCCUAUCAAACAAGCCCAGGAGUAUAACGAGAAAAAGAAGGGUCUUCAUCGUAAGCAGAGGGGCCUUAUGCAGUGGAAGCCUAUGAGGAAUCUGCAAUUCGCUAAGAAUGAGGCGAAGUUUGCGGUAAGGAGGACAUUGAAGAAGAGAAGCUUGAAUGGGAGGCAACCGGAUGUUGAGACUGAGGCUUGA